GGCACAUGUGAGCACAUUCUUUCCUUCAUUCUCACUGUCUCAGCCCUUGACUUCUACAAGCCCAUGGAACGUUUCUGGAAAGACGCUCUUGAUCCAGCAGGGUGGCCGGUCGGCUGCUGAGCCCUCUGCCGCGGGGGUAGACGGUUUGCGCCUUGCCCGCGGCCACUGACCAUGACCAUGACCCUGCACACCAAAGCGUCUGGCAUGGCCCUGCUGCACCAGAUCCAAGCCAACGAGCUGGAGCCCCUGAACCGCCCGCAGCUCAAGAUCCCCCUGGAGCGGCCCCUGAGCGAGGUGUACGUGGACAGCAGCAAGCCCGCCGUGUACAACUACCCCGAGGGCGCCGCGUACGACUUCAACGCCGCGGCCGCCGCCUCCGCGCCCGUCUACGGCCAGUCGGGCCUCGCCUAUGGCCCCGGGUCCGAGGCGGCCGCGUUCGGCGCCAGCGGCCUGGGGGGUUUCCCGCCGCUCAACAGCGUGUCUCCGAGCCCGCUGGUGCUCCUGCACCCGCCGCCGCAGCUCUCGCCCUUCCUGCAUCCCCACGGCCAACAGGUGCCCUAUUACCUGGAGAACGAGCCGAGCGGCUAUGCGGUGCGCGAGGCCGGCCCUCCCGCCUUCUACAGGCCAAAUUCAGAUAAUCGGCGCCAGGGUGGCAGAGAGAGAUUGGCCAGCACCAGUGACAAGGGAAGCAUGGCCAUGGAAUCUGCCAAGGAGACUCGCUACUGUGCAGUGUGCAAUGACUAUGCCUCAGGCUACCAUUAUGGAGUUUGGUCUUGCGAGGGCUGUAAGGCCUUCUUCAAGAGAAGUAUUCAAGGACAUAAUGACUACAUGUGUCCAGCUACCAACCAGUGCACGAUUGAUAAAAACAGGAGGAAGAGCUGUCAGGCCUGCCGGCUACGCAAGUGCUACGAAGUGGGCAUGAUGAAAGGGGGGAUACGGAAAGACCGCAGAGGAGGGAGAAUGUUGAAGCACAAGCGCCAGAGAGAGGAUGGGGAGGGCAGGAACGAAGCGGAGCCCUCUGGAGACAGGAGAUCUGCCAACCUUUGGCCGAGCCCACUCUUGAUUAAACACACUAAGAAGAACAGCCCCGUCUUGUCCCUGACAGCCGAUCAGAUGAUCAGUGCCUUGCUGGAGGCUGAGCCCCCCAUAAUCUAUUCCGAGUACGAUCCUACCAGACCCUUCAGUGAGGCUUCAAUGAUGGGCUUGCUGACCAGCCUUGCAGACAGGGAGCUGGUCCACAUGAUCAACUGGGCAAAGAGGGUGCCAGGAUUUGUGGAUUUGACCCUCCAUGAUCAGGUCCACCUUCUGGAAUGUGCCUGGCUAGAGAUUCUCAUGAUUGGUCUUGUCUGGCGCUCCAUGGAGCACCCAGGGAAGCUCCUGUUUGCUCCUAACUUGCUCCUGGACAGGAACCAGGGAAAAUGUGUUGAGGGCAUGGUGGAGAUCUUUGACAUGUUGCUGGCUACAUCGUCUCGGUUCCGUAUGAUGAAUCUCCAGGGAGAGGAGUUUGUGUGCCUCAAAUCCAUCAUUUUGCUUAAUUCUGGAGUGUACACAUUUCUGUCCAGCACCCUGAAGUCUCUGGAAGAGAAGGACCAUAUCCACCGUGUCCUGGACAAGAUCACAGACACCUUGAUCCAUCUGAUGGCCAAAGCGGGCCUGACUCUGCAGCAACAGCACCGGCGUCUGGCCCAGCUCCUCCUCAUCCUCUCUCACAUCAGGCACAUGAGUAACAAAGGCAUGGAGCAUCUGUACAGCAUGAAGUGCAAGAAUGUGGUGCCUCUCUAUGACCUGCUGCUGGAGAUGCUGGACGCCCACCGCCUGCACGCCCCAGCCAAUUUCGGGAGCGCACCCACGGAGGACGUGAACCAGAGCCAGCUGGCCACCGCCGGCUCAACUUCAUCACAUUCCUUGCAAACGUAUUACAUCACGGGGGAGGCAGAGAAUUUCCCCACCACAAUCUGAGAGCUCCGCGGCUCCCCCAGGGCUCUGAGAAUCCCUGUCGCACUUUAUCCACAUCGUGCAUCACUCUAGCCGACUUCUGCCCCUGCACACACUCUGGCAUGCACCCAGCGCUGGCUUUCUAAUAUGGGUGGCCAUUCAUUUGCUUGCUCAGUUCUAAGUGGCACACCUUCUUUUGGGAACAGCCAAAGGGAUUAUUCCAGGGCUACUUUCUUUGUUAACAGCUCUCUCUCUCUCCCUUUGCUACCUUACUCAGCAUGAGGAUUCCCUUAGCGUUUCAUGACUGAGCUCCGUCUGCGAGCUGGGCUCAGAUGACUGUGCACUUUAGCUACUUGUGACCCAAGGCCUGGAGAGUGGACAUUUCACCUCCGUGAAUGUGAAGCACUUUUUAAUGGAUCUUAUUGAAGCGUAAGCCACAGGAAAGAAUUGAAAGUGGCUCCUUUAAUUGCUGACUUGGAGAAAGCUAGGUCCAGGGUUCAUUAUAACAUCCUCUUGUAUUCCUAUAGUAACAUAUCAUUUUAGUAAAGUCAGACCUUAAAGCUUCUGCUCUGUUGCAUGGCUGUAGCAGAAUAUCUGGUGACUGUGCACCCACUUCCCCUAUAGGAAUACAAGAUGCACACAGGGAAGGAAGAGCCCCUAACUGUCAACACUUUGUCAACUAAAUACACUGCACCUUCAGAUUUGCUGAAUGCUUUACCAUUAGCUUUUGAGAGCACUAGGUAUAGGUCAUGGGUUCCAAUUCUUGCUUCCCAUGGACCCAUGGAAAACAGCAAGUUGAUCCCAGUUAAGUCACCUCCACAUACACCAGUUCCUUUGUGAGAGAUAAGUUCUUGUUUUUUGGUUUUUUUUCCAUUUUAUAAAAGAAAGCCCUUACCCCCCAGAACUUGCAGUAAAUGGGCUUCAGGACCUGUUCUGGUGUGAUCUCACUCUUAUCAGCAGAGGGCGCUCUGCUCGGCUCUUCCUGGUGUGUAACUUACAAGGUGAAUUAGGGGUAGUGCCCAGGCUAUGACCAAGGGCAGUUUAAAUGAGCAGGCACCCUGGUGACACUUUUAGCCCUGGAGCAGUGGGCUUAAUAGUAAACGUGCAUGAUUCUUGCAGGUACUAGAGACCAAAGAGGAAAGCAGGGCAGAAACUGGAUAAAACUGUGAGGCUCGGGGUGGCCCUACCACAGGCUGCAGCCACUUAGGAGUGCUACUGGCAGACCCCAUACUGCACUGCGGGGCUGCCCUGGGGUCCAUGGGGCAGUCCUUCUCUUCCUCAUUUCCCCGCAUGGCCCAGGUUGGAGGCACACUCUGGGCCAGGACUGGAGCGCUCUGAACUCAGGCUGCCUGGGGCCUGGUCAGACCACACCUGCCCUUGGUUGUUUAGAGCUCAUCCAAAAAUCAGGGUUUGGCCUUGAGGGAAAAACAAACAAACAAACUUCCCUAGAGUCUAUUUCAUUAACCUUCAUGAGCCAGGAGGGCAAGACCAGAAUUGGGCCAUAGGAAUCCUUAAACCUAUAGGCUAAACAAGAGAGGCCUGCUCCAGCCACAGGGCAGAUUUCCCUGGGUCUUUGCUUCUCUAAAGCAAUUAUGGAUUAUUUCCCCUUUUCAGCUAAAAAGAAAGUUUGGUUUCCUCUGGUGACCGCAUCGUCUGUUAACUCAAACCCCAGUGAUAGGCAAUGCGUUAGCCAACAACCCAGCCAAACUUCUAGGGCUUCUCUUGGGAUGCCUGUUUCAAAAGUGGAUUUCAUCCAUUUCCAAUGACCCAAUCAGUGAUCACCAAAGGACUGGGAACCUGGGAGGGCCAAGAAAAAAAAACAGUUGUUUUCACAAGUGCAUCUAAAUUGGGGGGCAAUUUUAUGUAUCAGUAUCUGCAGUAAGAAUGUUUAGAACAUAAUUCUUCUGUUGUUUUUGUUUAAGAAGCACCUUAUAUAGUAUAAUAUAUAUUUUUUUGAAAUUGCAAUGCUUGUUUGUCAGACAAUUGAAUGUAGUAAUUCUGUUCUGGAUUUAAUUUGACUGGGUUAACAUUCAAAACCAAGGAAAAAUGUUUACUUUUUUUGUAUUACUACCUUGUGAUGUAGUCAUUGAUGCCUAAGGCCUGGUGAUUAUUCAUUUAAAUGAAGAUCACAUUUCAUAUCAACUUUUAUAUCCACAGUAGACAAAAUAGCACUAAUCCAGAUGCCUAUUGUUGGAUCCUGAAUGAUAGACAAUCAUAUGUAGCAGAGAUUAUGCCUGAAAAGGAAAAUUAUUCAGGGCAGCUAAUUUUGCUUUACCAAAAUAUAAGUAGUAAUAUUUUUGGACAGUAGUGAAUGGGUCAGUGGGUUCUUUUUAAUGUUUAUACUUAGAUUUUCUUUUAAAAAAAAUAAAAACAACAAAAAAAAUUCUAGGACUAUAGGUGAUGUAAUACCAGCUAAAUCCAAACAAUAAUCCAGUGAAGGGUUUUACAUUAUUCAUCUGAGAUGUUUGUAUUCAUGUUAAGCUACUACUACGUUUGAAAUGGGGCAGAGAACACCAGAUGGUUGGUAUGUU